AUGAUACCGAUGAAUGGCCCAGAACAUUUCAACUUCGAUGCCUUUCGUGACUGCCUGUUUACAGUCAUUGUGAAUAAGUCCACCCCAGACGAAGCUCGGAAAGGAUCCAAACGUAGCUCUAUCCGGAAGAAGCCCACCACAUCUCAAACCUCCUUCACGGACCCCGAGCCCUCAGAACUGGCCGAUUUUGCAGAGUAUCUCGCCGGCGGGAUCUUUGCCAGCCUCCCAGACGAGCUCCAGAAUCUUACCCACCGUGCUAUCCAGGAUGAUACGACCCUGUCUGACAAGUGGUCCUUGCCACUGACCCUUUCCGUCCUGGAGGAGGUCACAGCAUAUAUUCCGGGAGAGGUCAACGACAGCCUGACAGCCUAUGGGCUGGUGGAGGCCCCCAAGUCAGAUGUCCAGUCCUUUAUAACUCCAGUACUUUCUGCAUAUAUCGCCGUUGUGACAACGCCACCGCCCAAAUGGAUCGAAACAAGGACGACCGCUUGCGAGAUCUGCGACCGGGACUGGGUGCCCUUGACCUACCAUCACCUAAUCCCCAAGGAAGUGCAUGCCAAAGUUCUGAAAAGGGGUUGGCAUGAAGAGCAUCGUCUGAACAGCGUUGCGUGGUUGUGUCGUGCUUGUCACAGUUUUGUCCAUAGGAUGGCCUCGAACGAGGAAUUGGCUCGUGAAUGGUACACUGUCGACUUGAUCUGUUCCAGGGAGGAUGUCCAGAAAUGGGCUCAAUGGGUGAGUCGGGUCAGGUGGAAGAAGACUUGA